UGUCCCCAUCACAUUUGAUGUAGUAGUAACAUAAAUGUGAACUAGAAACGGAGGAUCCACUCGAACAAGGCUGAUGACAACUGAGACGACUCAAACUACGCAGUUAAGCUCAUGGGUUGACAUCUAAAACUUCAUAAGGAAUUUAAAAAAAAAACACUAGCUACACGAGAUAAAGCGUGAUUCUAGUGCAACCCCCGUCUGAGCUAAAGCGUGGCAUGUCUGCUGCAGCCAACCCAAACAUGCCUCCCCCAGUCUCCACUGGUCCACGGCCACGGGUAUUGAACACAGCCACUCGGACACUGAAUCCGAUGCAGACGUGCUCUCCUCGACCUUGGAGCAGCAGCGGCUACGGUUAGCUUAGCAUAGAUUAACAAACCCGCUGCGCGCGCUCAAGCCGCGCUGCCGGCUACAGCUAGCUCGCGGGAAAUUAGCAACGCCACUGGCUUUUUUUACGCACAGACGCGUCUCGGCUUUGACCGGCUCGCCGACACCGUGUGGCGCAGCAUGGAGAAAGAGGUUAGAAACAGGCCAUACCCUCCGCCAGACCCGAAGGAAAGUAGGGAACGUCCCCCGUCUGCAUCGCGACGGCCAUAACAUCUACAAACAAACCAGCGGCGGAUCACUGAGCAUGUGCAGCAGUUCCGAGGACUUCCUGUGUGCGUCCGCGCUGCGACACGCCCACAGGUUAGAACCCAAGAAUGCGGAAGUCGUUUGGCCAAACAAGGUGAAAUGGCUUUGAAUGGUAAAAUCGCGGUAGUAACUGGAGCAGCACUGGGAAUAGGAAAAGCGAUAACGGAGAUACUUUUACAAAACGGUGCUACGGUAGUCCUCCUGGAUGUGAACGAAAAUGCAGGGAAGAGUUUAAAGGAAUCCCUCGACAAACAGCACGGACGAGAGAGAACCCUGUUCCUGAACUGUAACGUGGAGUCAGAGGAGCAGCUCAAAGCUGCAUUUCAGAAAACUGUGCAAACCUUUGGAGGAGUGGACAUCCUGUGCAACAACGCUGGCAUCUUUGAUGAGGGCGCAUGGGAGAAAAGUGUUUCCAUAAACCUCGUGGGUGUUAUCAGGGGGACUUACCUGGCUUUGGAGCUCAUGAACAAGUUGACUGGAGGUCGUGGAGGAGUCAUCGUCAACAUUGCAUCCAUUGCAGGUCUUGGUCCAUUCGCGUGCUGUCCUGUCUACACGGCCACCAAGUACGGAGUGGUUGGCUUCACUCAAGCCAUGGCGGCUGCUUCUACUGCCUCUGGCUACGGCAUACGUUUCAACGCCCUUUGCCCAAGCUUGGUCCAAACCGAUCUCUCCACUCACAUGUUAGACAGAUUAGGACAAUUCUCCCAUCUGGCUGAUACAAUUACAAAAUAUGCAGACAAAGGGGUGUUAAAUGUGUCUGAGGUAGCUGAGUGUUUUCUGGAGCUGGUGAUGGAUGCGACGAAGAAUGGAGAGGCCCUCGUGGUGACACCCAAUUUCAAGAAAUACAGGACAUUCCCCCCAUUAACCCAGUAGGUCAUGGCAACGUCAAACAUCAUACCUGUGUCACAGACUCAUUGACACCUUUUAAAUCACUUCUUAAAACACCUCUUCAUAUCUUAUGUCUUUUAUGAAUCCUAGUUCACUAUUUUAUUACCAACACACCUGUCUGUUUUAUUUUGA